AUGUUGCAAGCGAAGCGUACGCUCGCUUUGCUGAUGCUGAUGACGCAGCUUGCCAGCCUCGCUACAGCCCGCAACUUGCCUUUACAGGAUGGAAGGACGGCGGAACAGCCAUUCAUAAUCGACCACAUCGUGCACGAUCCCGAUGUCGUCGGGUCCGCUGCUACUUCUCCUCCUCCCUCCACCUCGGCCUCAAACACGAACACCAGACUGACCCAGUACGUCAACAUCUUUGUCGGGACGGAAGCCAACAACGAUCCGGGCGACGUGUUCGCAGGAGCCUCUGUUCCCUACGGUAUGGCCAAAGCUACAAUCAACGUCGAAGGCUACGCCCCCGCUGGCUACGUGUGGCCCUCGGACCAGCCCACACGCGGUGUCAGCCCACUGCACGAUUCGGGCACUGGUUCGAGCGAUGGCAGCUACGGCAACUUCUGCAUCAUGCCCGUGCUGUGCGCUGACAACUCGAUCGACGCGUGCCCCACCCUCCUGGACCCGCGCAAACGCCUGCGCCGCAACAACACGGACCACGGACGCCCCGGCUACUUCACCACCACGCUCGACAACGGCAUCAAGAUCGAACUCACCAGUACGCGCAGGAGCACGCUGGAAAAGUACACCUUCCCUGCAAGCGAGAUGAGGCGCAUAAAGUCGAACCCGCAUCUGGUGCUCGAUUGGACCAACGACUCGCCCGGCACAUUUCGCGGAGGUGAGAUGAAGGCAGACUGGAUCAAGGGCCGCUUGAUGAUGAACGGCACCUGGUUGAGCUCGUUUGGUCCCGGCGAGUUCCACUAUCAUGCCUUCCAGUGUGUCGACCUCAACUUCAAUGGCAAGCAGCAGCUGUCCAGCCACGCGUUCUUCGGCGGCAAUCGUCGCGGCUACGACACCAAACGUGCCGAUCUCGACCACUGGGUCCGCGUCGCGCAGGCGAUUGGACAGUACCAAGCGGGCGCGGUCGUCGGAUUCGAGGCCGACGACAAAGCCGACAAAGACGUCACCAUCUCUGUUCGCCGUGGUGUCUCGUUUACCUCUGCAGAGAACGCCUGCCGCAACAUGGAGACCGAGAUCCCCAACUGGGACUUUGACGCUACCGUUGCAGCAAGCGACUCACUGUGGGAGGAAAAGCUGCAACGCAUCCAGCUGAGCCCAUCGACUCCAGACUAUAUUCGACGUCUGUUCUACACAAGCUUCUACCGCACCUUCCUCUCGCCCAACAAUGCUACGGGAGACGGGCCGUUCCCGACCACAGCGCCUUACUUUGAUGGAAUGUACUGCACGUGGGAUACGUUCCGCACGUUGUUCCCCUUCCUCUCGCUGACGAGCCCGGUUGAGUUUGCGCAAAUCGUCGAGACGUACAUCGAUGGCUGGAGGAAGGAAGGCUGGCUUCCCGAGUGCCGCGCAAACCAGGUCAAGGGCUUCGUCCAGGGUGCCAACAAUGGUGUUCCGGUGCUGGCCGACUUUGCAGUCAAGUACGCCAAAGCGGCGAGCUCGCUGGGCGUCAACACGGACGAGCUGUACGAGGCCAUGCAGCACGAUCUAGACGUGCCUUCACCGCAGUGGGAGUACGAAGGUCGACAGGCUGCGCCGUACCAGCAGUACGGCUACGUGCCGUUUGGCUACCUCGAUCCCGCGUCGGUAGGCGAGCAGACACGAGAGGCAAGUCGAUCGCUCGAAUACGCCUUUGGCGACUUCACGGCUGCGAUGACUGCACAGGCACUGGGCAAGCCCAGCGCGGACAUUCAGCGGUACGCCAAGUCAUCGUUGAACUACAGCCUCAACUUUGACCGCCAUACGACCAGCGAAGGUUUCAGCUCAUUCGUGCAACGACGGUAUGCCAACGGGACGUUCCAGCGGAACGAUCCGACCUUUUGCUCUCCGCUCGACAACAACUCGAGCCACGCAUGCAGCUUGCAGGCCGAAAACGAGUUUGGAGUGUACGAAUCGUCGUCGUGGGAGUACAGCUUCUACUCGCCGCAAGAUAGGGCUGGGUUGGUGGGAUUGCUGGGUGGCAAGGCUACAUUUGAAAAACGACUGGACCACUUUUUCAGCAAGGGCUACUAUGGACCUGGUAAUGAGCCGAGCUUCGACACGCCGACGAUGUAUCACUUUAUCGCCAAGCCGUACCGCAGCGUGCAGAGGGUGCGGGAGGUGGUGCACAAGUACUUUUCGCUCCAGCCAGGCGGCGUCCCCGGUAACGAUGACAAUGCAGCCAUGGCCUCGUUGCUAGGGUGGUUCUUGCUGGGAUUCUACCCUACGCCAGGUACCAAGGAGCUGUUGGUGCUGUCGCCGUUCAUGCCGGGCUACACGAUCAACAACGCGAUUCUUGGCAAAGCUACGGUGACGGUGACGGGCUACGACGAGCGCUCGAUUGGCGAACAGAUUCCAAAGGGGGUCAAGGCAUACGUCGAGAACGUGCUUAUCGAUGGCAAGCCGCACAGCUCGCGCUGCAGGAUGAGCUUCGAUGAUCUAUUCCCAGGUGUGGCUGGUGCGGAGAGGAAGGUGGAGAUCGUGUUAACAGAUCGGGAGGUGGAUGCGUGCGGUGACAGCGAGGCCGACGACCCUGCUUCUCUCUCUACUGGUGGGUUCUUGAACCAAAAGGUGCAACAGGCCAAGGUCUAA